GUUUUCACUGCCUGUUCCAAGCCUUUAUUUACAAUCGCGACUUCAACGUUUCGUCUGCUGGUCGAGUCAGCGCGAGGUUGUUCCUCGCUGUCAAUCGAUUAAAAAGGUGUGGUUCCGGUUUUCUUGGUUAACCUACAAUCUGGACAUCAUGGCUUGGCUCGGGACGAUAGCCAGCAACGUACUGCGAAACAUCGUUUGCUCGGACUUGCCCACGAACGUGGUCCAAGAAGUUAAGCCUGAGAAUUAUAGUAAUCGACACAUCGAAUGUCGAGAAGAUGGUAUUGUACUUUAUGGGCCGGGCGAGAAAACUCAGGAAAAAUAUGAGAUCGUCCUUCACAGACCUUGUACAGAAACGUUGCAUCAAGCAUAUAGCUUAUAUAGGUCAGAGGAUAAAUCACAGGCAGAGACACAUUUCAUUAUAUUCAAAGACAAGAUUCCAAUAAUUGUUCAAAUCUGUCGCGAGAUGUGUAACGUGAAUAAGAUACAAAAGUUAUGCGACACAUUAGUGGAGCAUCCUACAUGGACGUUGGCUCAUAUGGCAGCUUAUUUCGCUCUGUAUAAUGCCUUCACGCAUGAUGUCGUGAAUAGCCAGUUAAAUAGCGGAGACGUGGAGACAGGAAUGUCUCCUUUGCAAGUUGCGGUGCAAACGAAUAAUUUGCAUACAGUACAAAUGUUGAUAGAGGCUAAAAGUUCGUUGGAACAUCUGGAUUACAGCGGUAACACCGUGUACCAUUUCGCGGCCACAUCUACCAAAGAAAUAAUUCUAGCACUCGGUGGCGAUCUCCCGAACAGUUUAAAUAGUCGUAACAGUAACGGUCAUACGCCGAUGCACGUCGCGUGUCUGAACAACAAGCCCGAAUGCGUCAAAGCUCUUCUUCUGAUCGGCGCGGACGUGAACGUUCCCGCGACCGAGGGGCAACCUUCUAGUCCCGGUUACGUAGGAGAUUUUCUUCACAGUAAACCGAACGUUCUUCACGCGGAGGAUAUGAAAUUCGGCGGCACUCCGUUGCAUUGGUCGUUGAGCAGAGAAGUGAUCAACGCGCUGAUAGAGAGUAACUGCGACAUAGACGCGUUGAACUUCGACGGCCGCACGGCAUUACACAUAAUGGCUAUGAGAAAACGAUUGCCGUGCGUGGUGGCUCUGUUGAGUCACAUGGCCUCCGUGAAUAUCGUCGACAAGGACGGCAAUACGCCGUUACAUUUGGCGGUGUCGGAAGGCACGGUGGCCAUAGUGCAGAGCCUGAUAGGUUUCGGCGCAGUUAUCGAUGCUAAAAAUUACAAAGCGGAGACACCGCGACACUUAGUGAAGCACGACACCAACGAGGGCCAGAAGAUUCUGUACAUCCUGGAUGCAGUAGGCGCUCAGCGUUGCCCGCCGGAAAUGAUCAAUUGUAACAUCGGCUGCAAAUACGACGAGACCUUCAACGGCAUCGCGCCACCCCAACCACCGUCUGCCGUGCCGCGCACGGUCUUGGAUCAGAUGCUUCAAGUUUCUGGGAUGGACAAGAUGGCCUCGCAAACGCAGAUCAUUAAAGGCGGCCGUCUUCUCUGCCUCGACGGGGGCGGAAUCCGCGGCUUGGUUCUUGUACAAACGUUGUUGGAGAUCGAAUCGAUCCUGCAAAAGCCUAUCGUGGAAUGUUUCGACUGGAUCACGGGUACCUCGACCGGCGGGAUUCUGGCCCUUGGCUUAGCAACCGGUAAAUCUCUGCGGGAAUGUCAAGCGCUUUACUUUCGCAUCAAGGAGGAAGCCUUCGUCGGCACGCGUCCGUAUAACAGCGAAGGUUUGGAGAGAGUACUGAAGAAUAGCCUGGGUGCGAAGACGGUCAUGUCGGACAUAAAAAAACCAAAAGUAAUGAUUACCGGGGUGCUGGCUGAUAAAAAGCCCGUCGAUCUUUAUCUGUUCCGUAAUUACGACGCGCCUAGCACGAUACUGAACAUUUCGGAAAACUCGAUACAAAUCACUCCGCCGAACGAGCAAUUAGUUUGGCACGCCGCGAGGGCGACCGGUGCAGCCCCGUCGUAUUUCCGUGCUUUCGGUAAGUUCCUCGACGGCGGACUGAUAGCGAACAAUCCGACUCUGGACGCGAUGACCGAAAUUCACGAGUACAACCUCGCGUUGAAGGCCGUAGGUCGCGAGAGCCAAGUGGUCCCGCUCUCGUUGGUAGUAUCACUAGGAACCGGUAUGAUUCCUACUAGUCCGUUGAAAGACAUUGAUAUAUUCUUCCCCGAAAGCUUAUGGGACACCGCGAAAUUUGCUAUGGGCAUGUCGGUCCUCGCGAUGCUCUUGGUCGAUCAGGCCACAGCCUGCGACGGGAGGAUCGUCGACCGCGCGAGAAACUGGUGCUCCAUGAUCGGAGUGCCCUAUUAUAGAUUCAAUCCGCCGUUGACGCAGGAUAUCGCUAUGGAUGAAAAGAGCGACGAGAUUCUAGCCGGGAUGAUAUGGGGCGCCAAAGCGUUCAUGUAUGCGAACAGGGAUCAAAUAAAAGAGUUAGCUGCUGUGAUAAAUCGUGAUACAUAGAACGAAUGAGCCGAGACUAAUCGAUUGAGUCGCCGAGUCUCUCUGGGUAUGUAGGCAUGGAUCUCUUGCAUUUAGCCAAAAAUAUGUCUGCUCUCUUUUCCUUCCACCACUGUUGGCUCGUUUAUUUAUUUUUGUAUAUUUGUUCGUCAUCUACGAUCUGAUGUACUUCGGGACAUCCAGCAUACAAUGAAUUGUAACAUUGAUAGUGCACAAUUCGGUUCAGUCAGAAUUUCAAUUUCAUCUUCUGUUUAGGGGAAGAUUCGCACGAAUAGGAAAGUAUGUAGGGAAAUAUGCGUGUGUGCGUGAUCGUGUGAGAAGGAUCUGUAUAGCAAACGAUACGAGCGAAGAUAAGAGUGUACUCACACACACACACUUCGAUUAAAAAAAAGUAGAUUCUCAGUGAAAUAAAGUACUUAGAUAUUAGGAUGAUAUUUGUUGAAUUAUUAGUUUAUUUAUUUGCAUGUAUUGCCAAAGAAAUAAAUAGCAUAGAACGGAAGAAUGUUGAAAAGCGGUUUAAUAAACUAUUCGAGCCUAGCGCGCUCGUUCUACGUUCACCCGAAACAUUGUUAAUGUCUCUGUAACCAAAUUACGCAAACGAAUAAAAGCAUUGUAUGCUCUACCGUGGA